AAUUGAGACCAGAGCUGGCAUCUCCAUAGCCUGCCAUCUCAGGUCUAGAGUUUCAGUUUCUUCCCAUAAGAAUUCAUUGUAUUUUAUUAGAAAUUAGGGUUUUUCUUGGAUCCAUUAGAUUUAGUGGGAGUUAUUCAUCUUCAGGUGCCGUGUAUAAUCUCCAAUUUGAGAGAGGCAUCCACUUUGUUGAUCCGUUAAUAAAAGUUUUCAGGUGGUGAUUCCAAAUAGCACAAUAAUGUCUAUGGACGAAGGCAAUGUUAAUGAAACGCCAGAAAGUCAAACAGCUGAUGCUUUGAAGCCCGAGAUACAGCUUGUUGAUACAAGGCUUGAGAACGAUGCCAACCAUGCCAAGGAGAAUGGGUUGUUUGACGGCAAGCCACAUGUUGAUGCUACUCAUGACCAGCUUGUACUAAUGGUUAUGGAACUCAAUCUUCAGAAUGAAUACUUAAAGUCUCAGUUUGAGGGCUUGCAGGCUUUUCAUUCAGAAUCUGAUGGGUCUCACCAGCAAACAAGAGAAACAGUGCAGGAAGGUGAAGCAUCUGUAGAUGUGAAAGAGCUCCAUGAAAAGAUAGAAUCUUUGAGUAGUGAACUUUUUGAAGAAAAACAAACUCGAGUUGCUGCAGAGGAGGCUCUUAAGCAUCUUCGAGCAGCUCACUCAGCGGCAGAUGCAAAAGCUCAAGAGCUUUCCACCAAGCUUGCUGAAGCUCAACAGAAGAUGGAACAAGAAAUAAAAGAGCGUGAUGAGAAGUACUCUGAACUUGACUCCAAGUUUAGCAGGCUUCACAAACGAGCAAAACAACGAAUCCAAGAUGUUCAAAAGGAAAAAGAUGAUCUUGAAGCCCGUCUUCGUGACAUGAAUGAAACAGCUGAACGAGCAUCAUCCCAACAGUCUUCUUUGCAGCAGGAGCUCGAGCGCACACGACAACAAGCAAAUGAAGCAUUGAGAGCCAUAGAUGCAGAGAGGCAACAAUUACGAAGUGAAAACAAUAAACUUCGAGACAAAAUUGAUGAAUUGCGCCGUUCAUUUGAACCCAAAGAGAAUGCCAUUGAGACCUUGCAACAGUCACUUAUGGAGAAAGAUCAGAUGUUGGAAGACAUGAAAGGGUUAUUACAAGCUGCAGAAGAAAAAAGGCAAGCUUCAAUAGCUGAGCUUUCUGCUAAGCACCAGAAGACAGUAGAGAGUUUGGAAGCUCAACUUGCUGAUGCAGUAUCUGAAAGAACCAAAGCAACUGAAACGAUUUCUUCUCUACAGGUGCUAAUUGCUGAGAAAGAGUCAAAGAUUGCAGAGAUGGAUGCAGCUUCAAGCGGUGAAGCAGCACGACUUAGAGCUGCCAUGGAAACCGUAAAAGGGGAGCUUGUUCACCUGAAGCAUGAGCAUGAGAAAGAAAAAGAGAGUUGGGAAGCUGCCUCCCAGGCACUGAAAACAAAACUGGAGUUUGCUGAAAGUAACUGCAUACGAGCUGAAAUUGAAGCAGCAAAGAUCAGAAGUCAGCUGGAAUUAGAAUUGUCUGUUCAAACCCAGCUGCUAAGUACAAGAGAUGCUGAAUUAAUGGCUUCCAAGGAGGAGAUUAAGCGUCUAGAAAGUGACUUCUCUUCAUACAAGGUCCGUGCUCAUGCACUUCUCCAAAAGAAGGAAGCAGAGCUUGCUGCAGCAAAGGACUCUGAACAACUCAAAGCUCAAGAAGAAGCUCUAAAAGAGGCUGAAAAAGAAAUACUGUUGGCAACAGAAGAAAGGGACAGGAUUCUUCGAGAUCUUCAGGAUGCUUUGGCUAAUCAUGAUAAAGAACUUGCAACAAGAGAUGCGGCUCUUAGUAGUGCCAAGCAGCAGAUUAAGAGCAUAGAAAAGAAGCUUGAUUCUGCUAAUGCCAGAUAUCAAUCAGAGAAAGAAGCAUGGGAGAUAAACCUUCAGAAUUUGGAAGAAACUUGGCGAUUGAGGUGCGAAGCAUUGGCUGCUCAAAACGAAGUGUCUUCCGGACAAGAACUACAGAAAGAGUUAGAAGAGCUUAAUCUACAGUAUAAAAGAUUGAAGGCAGAGCAUGAAUCAUUCCGUGAUCUGGCUGAAAGAAUGAUUGAAGGAAAAGACAACGAGAUAUCUAAACUUUUAGAUGAGAAUAAGACUCUUCAACAAUCUCUAGAAUCAAGACCAGCUGCUUACCACAAUGACAAUUACAACACAGCCUUCCACAAACAGGAAGCACCGAACUCAAGCACCUCUGCAGCAGAACAGCAGAUUCUGCUUUUGGCAAGGCAACAGGCUCAGAGAGAGGAAGAGCUAGCACAGUCACAAAGACACAUUCUAGCACUUCAAGAGGAAAUUGAGGAGCUUGAACGUGAAAAUCGUCUCCACAGUCAGCAGGAAGCCAUGUUAAAGGAAGAAUUCCGGAACAUGGAAAGAAUGCAGAAGAGGGAAGGUGUAGAUAUGACAUAUUUGAAAAAUGUUAUCUUAAAGCUUCUUGAGACAGGAGAAGUGGAGGCUCUGCUACCUGUGGUUGGAAUGCUUCUUCAAUUCAGUCCUGAGGAGAUGCAAAAGUGCCAUCAAGCAUACCACUCCUCAACGGAAGUUCCUCCCACUCCUGCAAGUGAUGCUCCAGGAUCUGCCCGUUCUCUCUUCUCAAGAUUCUCAUUUUCAUAACAGCAGGAAUGUUGGCAAUAGAGAAUUCUUCUGAUCUGGUUAAAAUUAUUUGCAUCUGCAAUCCAGCUGCAUUAGUACUGACCACUCUGCCUGCAGACUGAGAAGUGAAGAUGCAGCCAUGGCAAAUCUUGUAUUAUUUUGUAACACUAAAUUGCCAGUUUAUUGUAAAAAAUGAAGUAGGAGAGAGUGAAAAACAUCAGAUUUAAAGAGAGGGAGGAUAAACAUUUCCGGCUAUUUGGGUUUUGCUUCUUGGAAGCUACACAAGCAAUUUCUUUUACCCUUUUUCCCGAUGCUUCGCUUUUUGAUGUAAAGCGAUUGCAGAAGUAAUAGAGCGUGUUUUAGUGAACUACUUAGGCAAGAAUUACAUGUAUCUUUUUACAAAGAGAUAGAUUUCUUGUCCCCUCUCUAUCUUCAUCCAUCUGCAGAACCAAUGUAGGCACUCGAUGUUUGGUAGUUCCAUCGAAUGGAUUAGCUGCAAUGAUGCAAGUCUUCAUU